AUGAGCACUGAACCAGUUUCGUCACUGGCAUUGCCAGCGCCAGCAAUAUUACCGACCACGCCAAUCCCGGCUUCCACACAGCAGGCCUCGUCUCUAGUAUCAGAUCAGAUCCAGGAAGCAUCCACAGCAUCACAAAAGUCAGUAACAUCCAUCACCCAACCGCCAAUCCCAUCACAACAACAACCGCCGCAACAUAUCACGGCAAAUCAUCCAGCUUCCAUCGCUGCUGCUGCCACCGUUGCCCUUUCUGCCACCUUGCUCAAUCCAAAUGAGUGGAACGCGCUCGCAUCCACCAGCAUGGUCACCUUGGAUGAUCUCAGAUCUGCCUUCCUCGAGCAGCGGCAACAGCAGCUGAAAGACUUGGAACGAUCGCAUCGCGAAAGUCUGCGCGAGAUGAUCUUCAUGUCAGAAAACUACGACAAGGAAGACGUUGCCGGUAGUCCAUGGAAGCUGGGCCAAAGCCUGCAAGUGGCAGAAGAUGAUGCACGCGAGCAUGUCAAGAGCUUUCUAGACCAGCAUCGUCUAGCGCUUGACCCAAAAAUGUCUAUCAAGGACCAUAUCUUGGAGCAGCCAAAACUACUUCGCCAGCGUGUCUCACAAGAGCUUAAGACGGGUCCGAUUGAGCUCGCGCCUCCACCUACACCCACAAGCGCGACCGCACCCUCUGCAGGCGAAGCACAGCGCGACCGCGACCUCAAAAGGGAGAUCGAGCAGAACAACUUGCAUCGCAGUCAGGCCGUUGCCCGCGCCGCUGCCGCCGUUCAGGCCCAUGCCAUUGCAGAAGGUGUCGCCAAGAUCAAGCCUCUCACCAUUACCGCUGCAGAGAGCCAGGGUGUGCGAGUUGCCCCGCUACAGCCUGGUCAGGUGCCCAGCUUCGUCAUCGAAUCCACUACGCCCAUCGCCCAUAUCGUCGCCAGCUCCGAUUCUUCUACAGCCGUCCUUGUUGCCUCAGAUGCUCAAAAGGUGGAUUCACACACUACAAUGUCGGCCGCCGAGGCGGUCACACCUGCAAUCAAAGUGGAAUCUACCGAUAAUAUCGACGCAUCGCCUUCAAAAGCAUCUCACGCGCUCGAAAAGGCAGUAUCUCCCGUGCCUGGUCUCGCCCGUAAUGCCUCGACUCAGUCAACGAGCCUCCGCGUACCGCCUUCGCCCAUGGUCGUGCCCACGAUUCCCGAGAAUAUCACCGCCCCUCCGCUGCAUCCCACUUUGCAGGUCUUGGCACCUAAUCCACUCUCGGUGACUUACGCUGCAUCAUUGCGACCUCUUCCACCCGACCCGACACGACGCAUCACCGGUGCUGGUCUAUCAGGGGGAGCCAUUCAUCACCGAAGUGGCAGAAAAAUUACGAGCUUGUCCAAUCAUUCCAACGUCAACUCUUACUCCAGUAUUGCCGCUGCCAAGAUCGGCCCCGCUGGCUCUGGUCAGGCCGACCUCUACAGAUGGUACGUACGCGCAAGAGCUUCGCCCGGCGCCGGCAUGGUGGGCAAGGCAGACAAAUGUCUCAUGACGAGCGACUGGAGGGUAGCGUUCAACGAGCAACGCUUUGUUCGCGCCAUGGCUAGGAUCGAAAAGCUCAAAGCACAAGGCGAAUGGAGUUUUCGUCAGCCCAAGAAGCAAAAGGGCCCCGUGGUUCGGAAAGCACACUGGGAUCACCUGCUAGAAGAGAUGAAGUGGCUGCAGACGGAUUUUAGAGAGGAGAGACGUUGGAAAAUGACGGUCGCUUUUCAUCUUGCGCACGAAGUUGCUGCUUGGCAUCGUGCACGCACGCCAGCUGAGCGAGCUCAGUUUUGCGUUCAUGUACAACGGUCAUACCGCCACAGAACCAUCUCAGACAACGUAGAGCAGCACAAUACCGACAAGCUAUCUGCGAAAGAGGUUGUCUCGUCCUCCCAACCGUUCCAAGCCGCUGCAGCAUCUCUUGAUGACGUCGAGAUGACACAUUCAACAUCAAGUUCGCACAUUCAGAAGGACGGGGAACCUGCAACAGUCAAAGCGGAGAGUGGCCAGCCGGUCGAGGAUGCCGAUGUCACCAUGGAUGGAGGGGCAGAUGCUGACGAAGCUGUCACCCAGGCUGUUGAAAGUGCUCUGCAGACUACCAACGAGGCAGCAAGCGCUCGGGCCGAGGAAAUGGAUGCGGACGGAGAAGACGAUGCGGACACAGAUGCCAACGAUGUAGAGGCGGCAACAGCUGCGCUUGUGUCAGGAGAGCCAAGUAAGCCACCAAAAGUGGAGGUUGUUCGCGAACCGCUGUCCCAACCACAACCCAUGCCGACCCUCGCCGAUGUAUCCGUGCCGACAACAUCCUCGGCUACGCCUACCGUUCCCGCGUCCUCCACCCCCACGACUGCGGCCAACGACAAGCUCGUCCAUGCUCUACGCAGCCAGCCGAAAGAUGCAGACUCGACACUCACUGCUGAAAUGCCGCCACAGCUGCUCGCCACCCUUCGAGCUCCGAUCUUUUCCACGAGCGUCACCACCACUGUCGUGUCGCCGGCAGCCCUGCUGGAUUCGUUGAAUCCCGAGGCAGCUGCCGCUCUUCUGGGCAUAGAGGUGAGCGAUUUGGCCAACGCUGCUGACCUGCUAGAGCCCGGCUCGCUUUCGUUCAGCAAAAUGUUCCCCGAGCUUCCUUUGUACGGAGGCGUUUCGCUACCAGAGUCAAACAGCAAAAGCGACAGGCGCUGGGAUGAGGGAAGCCUGAACCAACCACCACGCCUCACUCACGUGACCAAGCUUCUCGACUCGCGUCCGCUCCUUGUCAGCACGCUGGAACCCUCCAAGAACCGUGCCAACGGUCGCUGGCUUGCCGACAGUGACUGGGUCGUAGCUGCUGAGCAGUCGGAUCCGCUGCGUGGCGUGACCGAUGGUGCUGAUACUGCAUUGCCGCCCAUGCCCGGCUCUUUGCUCUUUGCUCGCAAGAGCAACCGAGCCGCCAAGGACGCCAGUGGUCCAGCUUCGACAACGCCUGCAGAGCCUGCCUCACCAGACGCGCGAGCAGCCCUGUUCGUGUGGACACCGGACGAGGACAAUUACUUGAUGACUUUGGCCAAGCAAUACCACAACAAUUGGGCUUUGGUCGCCGACCUGUUCAACUCGACGCGUCUCAACACUGCCACGGACAAACGUGAGGCUUGGGACUGUUACGACCGUUGCAAGCGCAUCGAGCAGGCAGCCGCGGAAGGCAAACCGCCUCCUGGUCCGCCGCCGAUGCCUGCGCCAGCAGCAGACGCCGACAAGGACAGCAAAAAGGGCGAUGGCAAAGAUGCCGAUGCUUCAAGCUCUAAGCGCGACAAGCUGAGCAAGAAGUCGGGAUCCAAACACGAUGGUUCGAAGAGAAAGCAGCGCCGGAGCAAUUUGAUGGAGGUGAUGCGGAGAUCAGCCAAGCGGCGCGAAGCCACCAAACAGGCGCAGCAGACGCAGCAGACGAAGAAAGUGAAUCUCAACACGCACGAAACGCACGCACAGAUCAAGGCGGGGCCCGCCAUCACGCCGCAGUCGCUCAGCGCACUUAAGACAGAGCGUGACCAGGCUGCUCUGCGACAGUACUACGAGCAGCAGCGUGCACAGCUCGCCUACCAGCAGCAACAGCAGCAGCAGCAGCGAUUGUUAGCGCAACAGGCGCAAGCACAGCGCAUGGCACAGCAGCAAGGAACUGCCGGUACUUCUGCGCCUGCGGCCACUGCAGUGACGCAGGCAGGCAAGGCUGGCACCGCCAUUGUUGCGGGCGGUACUGGUGGUGUAGGAAAUGUUAGUUUGCUUCCCGCGGGUACGCCCGCUGCAUCAGCCGGACCGGCUGGUCAAGCGCAGCAAAAGGCGGCUACAGGACAAGGGACGAACCAAGCGAUCGCUCAGCAAACACAGCAGCAGCAACAGCAGCCACAGUCUCAGCAAACGGCGCAGAUGCAAGUUCAGCAGCCGCCGGCAGCGGCAGCGGCCGCGCAGCAGCAACAACAACAACAAGUGCAAUUGCAAUCGCAACUGCAAGCCUCGCAAGCGGCACAGAUGCAGAACCUGUAUGCUCAGAUGCAGCAGCAGCAGCAACAGCAGCAGCGACAGCAGCAACAACAGCUCGGGCAGGCAGCGGCUGGUCUGGCUCAAGUGCGACCGGGAGUCGGAGCAUUGACGCAGCAGCAGUUGGCAACGUUGACGCCGCAGCAGCAACAGCAGUACCAUGCACAGCUUGCCGCGGCUACGGCGGCGGCGCAGCAGCAGCAGCUUCGCAGCCAGAUGGCGGCGGUAGCGGCGGCGCAAGGCGGACAAGCAGGAUUUCAGCUGCCGAACGCGCAGGCUCAGGCACAGGCACAGGCACAGGCCCAGUUUCAGUUGAUGCAGCAGCAGCAGCAGCAGCAGAAUGUGAUGCAGAACCAGGGUCGACCGGCGAUGGCACAACAGGCGCAACAGGCGGCGCUACAAAUGUAUCAGCAGCAGCAGAGGCAAGCGCAAAUGCGUCCUCCACAGCCUACGCAACCGUUCGCUGCUCGACCCAACGCUCGGCCUGGCACUGCAGCGUCCAGUCAAGCCAAACCGCAGGCCGCAGCACGCUCCGCCACGCCAGCACCUCCGAUGCCAGCAACCGUGCAAGCGCUCCAGCAGCAACUCGCCAUCUCGCUCGCCACUUCCAACCUCAGCGCUGAGCAGAUCAACGGGCUCGCUAUCCAGCUCUACAAACAGGCACAGCAACAGCAACAGCAACAGCAACAGCAACAGCAACAGCAACAGCAACAGCAACAGCAACAGCAACAACAACAACAACAACAACAACAACAACAGCAACAGCAGCAACAACAGCAGCAGCAGCAGCAGCCACAGCAACCCGCCCCAACUCAGCAAAGACCUCCCCCCCAGCAGCUCCUCAACCAGGCUAUCCAGGCUUUGGCAGCUCAGACCCAGAAGAACCAGCAACCAGCUCCGACUGUGCACGGUGUAACAGGCAGCCCAGUGCGCCCUCCUACGCCGAGACCGAGCUAG